AUGGUUGAGUUGACCAGUAAUGGCAAAGGUUCUUUAGAAUUGAUGUCUAGCACCCCAUUUUUCAUUAUUAUGAAGAUUAGUCAUACAGUGAAUGUAACCAUCAACAAAACAGAAUGUUGUUUAUUACCUUUUGGCGCUGUCAAGAUCAAUUGUUCCGUUAAGAAGGAUAUAGAAAAAGCGAUGCUCGAAGUUACUUGGGAAUUCACUGACUAUUUUUGUAGUUACCCCGGCGAAAGCCUUCGCAAACGACGGCAUCUGUACCACAACAUCGUACGGUUUUGCCAAACGGAAGAACACUUCGAGAACACUUCACACAUUAAACCAAAACUUGUCUACAACUCAGUAAACGAUGUUUGUAAGUUUUUUUUUUAGGGUAGAAGGAGGGUAGGGCAGGGUAGGGUAGGGCAGGGCAGGGCAGGUGUCCGAUUCCAUCGGAACGUACCGGCGGUACUUGUCUUUAUUUCUAUAAAUUCUCUCUAAAAUAUUAUUUAUUGAUGUAAGGUGGCACUUGACUCCAAGUGUCAAGUUUUUCUCUUUGUUGUUCGCACGUAUUUCUCGAUGUUUUGUCGGAUUUCCUCAUUGGACUUUGGACACGCGUUGUCGUGCCGAAGGCAUUUGAUGAGAAGUCGAUGAGCUGAAGGAAAUUGUGAGAACAGGGAGAAAAAAGAUUCUGCUUUUCAACAGUAGGUUAGUAUAUUUCUAUUCUAUUGUCUAAUAAACUUUGAUAUCUAAUUUAUUGGAUGUUAUUGUAGACUUUGAAGUGCUAAUCUACGUUGAAGUGCUUGUUUAUUGGUUAAUACUGCUUCUAGGUUGUAGUAAGGACGAGAUCCUAUCGUCCGCGCGACGCAAUUGAUUCCAUUUCCAAUUCCACGGACUCCAAAAAGCCGCGGAAUUGGACAGUUUCAAUUGGACAGCAGGGCAGAGCAGGGCAGGGUAGGGUAGGGCAGGGUAGGGUAGGAUCAGUGCCGGGCGGGACUUUUGGUUUGAGGGCGACGAAAAAAUCGGCACAGGUAAGCUACCUGUGCCGAUUUUUGCGAAAAAUUUUUUCAAAAAAUUUACAGGCGGGAUCACGUUCAACUUUUUUUUAAAAAAUUAUACUUAAAUAAUUAUAUUUUCAGUUAUGACCGGCUGCCAGAACUCAAUAGGAAACAUGAAUGUAAAUUGA